CAUAACUGUGUGAGGAGAUAGAAUGGGGUUAGACUGAGGCUGUAUGUAGUGAGCCCACAGACCCUGUUUUUGGCCUUGUUCUGUAAUUAGUUAGGGCCAUUGCCUAUUGACUGUUCUAAGGGUGUGUGUAGCAUUAACUCACUUAAUCCUUAGCACCUCAUGAAGCAUCACCCUUGUUUCAUAGGAGUUCAUGGGGUCAAACUGCCUUGACCAAAGCCACACAGCUAUGAAGUGGCCGGCUUGGGAUUUGAACUUAGAGCCGACUCCAAAGCCCCAUCUUCCCUAAGACAGGAAGCCUUCAUUUCACAGUACUCCAUUCCCACUGAGAUACUUCCAUUCCUCAGUCCUAACCUAUAGAAGUGCCUCAUGACUUCUGGAUCGAGCUCUGAGCUCCGGGAUGUUUGAGCUGGGGAUCUGGAAACAGGUUGGAGAAAGAUGGGGGACAUGUGCAUCGCAGGGCCCACUGGGGUUUAUUUGGACUGUCUGGUGCAAGAGCUGGAAAGUAAUCUUGGAUCCAUCUGGGGCCUCAGUUUCCCCAUCUGUAACAUGUGGAUUCGAGUGAAUGUAGACAUCGCUCAACCUAUCGAUGAGUGGCUGAGGUCAGCUAUAGGGAUAGACCAGGGGUCAUGGCGCCAAUGACUGAGCCUGGAGGGGUGGUUUCAGGAGCAGCUUGUGUCCUAAAGCUGGCUGCCGGACAAUGACAGUUCCAGAGGGAAGAGGUCAAAGGCUUGUCUGGACUGCAGCCAGCACUGCUGAGACCCCGCGGGAGAAAUGAGGGGAAUCUAGACGACAUAAUCCACGUGAACGUGACCUCUACUCACGUCAGUAGGCUGGAGACCCAAACGAUGCCACCAAGGACACACAGGGAGUUCCUUCACCCUCUGUCCUUGUCUGUAAAAUGGAAACAGUAACGAUUUCACCGUCACAGUGUUCUGGGUGACUGUGAAGAGCAAGCUGGAACGGAUGUAGAAUUGGGAGACUAUGGUGGCUGGUCAUUUUUCAGUUCAAAGCUGCAGUGCCGGGUGUGUUUGUGGGGAGGGGCACUUGCCAUAGCCCUGAUGAACUUCUCAUGGUGGGGGCGUGCUGGAGAACACCCUAAGGUGAACAGCAGUGCUUACAGAGCCAUUGAAGCACCCAGGCAUUGUGCCCAGACUUCACUUCUUAUCUCCCUCGGUCCCAACAGCAGCAUUCCUGUUGGGAAUAUGGUGGCCUCACCCACUCGAGGUCCCUCCAAGGCCCCUGCCUACAGCCCUUUGUAGUCAUAGUGGCUACAGGUUAUGAACAAAUUGUAUGCCAAGCAUUGUUCAAAAAGGUUCUCAUAGGUGAACUCUUAGAGUCCUGCCUAGCCCUAAGUUGUGGAUCCGGAUGCUGCUCCGUAUGUUUCAGGUAAGUGAAGGAGGCAUGGAGAAAUUAGGAAAUCCCCCGAAUGACACCAGUGGUAGAGCUGUAAAUGGUAGAGGCAGGAUUUGACCCAGGUACUUACGGUCGCCUCGAUGCAUGCAUCACAGCAGUAAUUUAGGGAAUUUACACCUCCACGCUGCACUUUAGGUUCAUAAGGUUAAGGCCCUGUCUGACUUCAGGCUGCAUUCCCAGUACCUGGCACCUGGUGAUGCUAUGGAUGUCCAUAGGAGACUGGGCCCAGAUGAUAGCUUCCUGGAUAGUAUCUGGUCAUCAGAGUGCCAGAGGCACCCCGGGUGGUGGGGGAGGCAGGUUCCCCACUGGCCCAGGUCUAGCUGAUCAGGACCCCAGAGUUUGGUAUUUGUGCCGUGUCUCACUCUGUCUUUUGUUUCCAUGUGCCACUCUGACGAUGGCUCCACUGCCUCUCCCUGACUGGCUGUGUGACCACAACGGCUACUUCUGGGGACAUCAUGACAACAGAGAAGAGUGUAGUGGUUGAAGCUGAGAAUUCUCAGCACCAUCAACAGAAGGAAGAAGGUGAGGGAGCCACAAACUCAGGACAAGAAACUCAGCUGGAAGAAGCUUCCCAGCCGGCAGCUGAGGGCAGUCAUCAGUGUGAGCAGAAGCUGAAAGCAUCCAAUGGGGACACUCCGACACAUGAAGACUUGACUAAGAACAAGGAACGGACGUCAGAAAGCAGAGGCCUGUCACGACUGCUCUCCUCAUUCCUCAAAAGGCCUAAGUCUCAGGUUUCUGAAGAAGAAGGCAGAGAAGUAGAAUCAGAUAAAGAAAAAGGUGAAGGAGGUCAGAAGGAGAUAGAAUUUGGAACCAGCCUUGAUGAAGACGUCAUUUUAAAGGCUCCUAUUGCGGCUCCUGAACCUGAACUCAAAACAGACCCGUCUCUGGAUCUUCAUUCAUUAAGCAGUAUAGAAACACAGCCAGCUCAGGAAGAACACCGAGAGGAUCCGGAUUCUGAAACAAAGGAAGGAGAAGGGAUUGAAGAGUGCUCCAGGGCAGGCGUGAAGGAGGAGCCCGAGUCAAAAGCAGAAAGAGAGCCCGAGGCUUCGCAGAAGCCCGUCCGGAGACAUAGAGACAUGCACUGCAAGGUCUCCUUGUUGGAUGACACAGUCUUUGAGUGUGUGGUGGAGAAACAUGCUAAGGGACAGGAUUUGCUUAAGCGAGUUUGUGAGCACCUCAAUCUGUUGGAAGAAGACUACUUUGGUUUAGCUAUUUGGGAUAGUGCAACCUCUAAGACAUGGCUGGAUUCUGCCAAAGAAAUAAAAAAGCAGGUUCGAGGUGUUCCGUGGAAUUUCACAUUUAACGUGAAGUUUUAUCCACCAGACCCAGCACAGUUAACUGAAGACAUAACAAGAUACUAUUUAUGUCUCCAGCUUCGGCAGGACAUCGUUGCUGGACGGCUGCCCUGUUCCUUUGCAACCUUAGCCCUCCUCGGCUCUUACACCAUCCAGUCUGAACUGGGAGACUAUGACCCAGAACUGCAUGGCGUGGAUUAUGUUAGUGAUUUUAAACUGGCCCCAAAUCAGACCAGGGAACUUGAAGAGAAAGUCACGGAGCUGCAUAAAUCCUACAGGUCCAUGACUCCAGCUCAGGCUGACUUGGAAUUUCUUGAGAAUGCCAAAAAGUUGUCCAUGUAUGGAGUUGAUCUUCACAAAGCAAAGGACUUGGAGGGAGUGGAUAUUAUCCUUGGAGUCUGCUCUAGUGGCCUUUUGGUUUACAAAGAUAAGUUGAGAAUUAACCGUUUUCCUUGGCCCAAAGUGCUAAAGAUUUCUUAUAAACGUAGCAGUUUUUUCAUCAAGAUCCGGCCUGGAGAGCAAGAACAAUAUGAAAGUACCAUUGGCUUCAAGCUUCCCAGUUACCGAGCAGCUAAGAAAUUAUGGAAAGUGUGUGUGGAGCAUCACACGUUUUUCAGACUCACUUCUACAGACACCAUUCCCAAAAGUAAAUUUCUUGCCCUGGGAUCUAAAUUUCGGUACAGUGGCCGGACUCAAGCACAGACCAGGCAAGCCAGUGCUCUGAUUGACAGGCCCGCCCCACACUUUGAGCGGACAGCAAGCAAACGGGCCUCCAGGAGCCUUGACGGAGCAGCAGCUGCUGAGUCCGCAGACCGAAGUCCUAGGCCCACGUCUGCACCAGCCAUUGCUCAGAGUCAGGUCACAGAAGGGCCGGGCGUCAAAAAGACCCCGAAGGAGGCAGCGAAGGCUGAAGUGAAGGGGGAAGAAGAGCCAUCUGAGCAGGCUGAGCCAGAGCCCACAGAAGCGUGGAAGGUGGAAAAACCCCACACCGAGGUCACAGUACCUACCUCAAAUGGUGACCAAACACAGAAGCUUGCAGAAAAGCCUGAAGAGCUGAUAAGAAUGAGGAAGAAAAAGAGAGAGAGACUAGAUGGUGAAAACAUUUAUAUCAGACAUAGCAAUUUAAUGUUGGAGGAUUUAGACAAGAGUCAAGAAGAAAUAAAAAAGCAUCAUGCCAGCAUCAGUGAGCUGAAAAAGAACUUUAUGGAAUCGGUACCCGAACCACGACCUAGCGAGUGGGACAAGCGCUUAUCCACACACUCACCCUUCCGAACUCUUAACAUCAAUGGGCAAGUCCCUACUGGAGAUGGAGUGAAGAAAACUUCUACCCUCCCCUCGGAAAGAAAGGUUGGUGGGCCAGAGACACAGGAACAUGCUCUGUUAGUACAGGGUGAAGAGAAAACUAAAAGGCCAGAGAGAUCCACUGAGAGAACCUUGCCCCAGCAAGAAAAUGAAGAGAUUGCUCCCAAGGUUUCUAUUCCAAUCCCCGAGGAACACAAGGCUCUCAGAAAGUGCCUCCUCUACUCUAGUCCUUUCCCGUCGCCUCGCAUUCCUUUCAUGAUGUCUUUUCUCCUGGUCCUUGCACUGGCUGUUUGGUGGUUGAUCUUUCUAUGAUUGGAAAACAGGGUGCUCAUCUGACAUGUCAAGACCAAAACCAGUGAACUCCUAUCUGUGGCUUCAAAUGUGUAAUUGCCUACAUCAUGCCUCUGAUCUUGAUCCUUCACUGUUAUAGAGACCUUUUGUGGUCAUGUUUCCUGUCCAAUAAUAAAAUGUGGAUCUUUGGAGAGUUCGUGUUGUAAGGAAAAAGGAGUAGCAAUGGAUUGUCCAAGCCAGCGUGCCUGCCCCGAAGUCAACACAUUUAGGCAAAUCAGAUUGAGGUGCAUGGCAGGUGGUACUCACCCAAAAGCCACCCUGCAUGCUCUUACUGUGGACUGCUGCUGGGUCCCCCUUUUCUGUGUCUCACAGAGGCUGGGACACUCUGAAAACAUUGGAUGGAUGGACUCUUUUCCCAGUCUCCUAGAGCCAUUUAUGCGGCAUGGGCUCUGUAGUUUAAGAAGAAAUUCAACUUCCCAACCUUUCAAAAGCCUUAAAAUGAUAGAUUUCAUCCCCAAAUCCAUAACCACUCUUUUUCUUGGAGUGUGGAGUCAGUACAUACAAAGGCCUUUUCUGGAAGGGGCUGUGACACCUGUGGCCUUUUUGUCGGUGUGUAUGAGCUGUCCGGGAUAGACGACUGUAUCCUGCCUGCUGUGCAGAAGCAUCAUGCAGUGGUUAAAUGCUGUCUUUUCAUACACAGAGCUGAUUUGGUUUAGGGAAAUGGUGCUGGUGUCCCUAGGCCUCCAGCCAGGGCUGAAAAUUUCAGACUACCUACCUUUAAAAGUCCUGGAGUCCAGGUUAACUCAAGAUCUGUAUGUAAACACACUUUUCUUUAAACAAAAAUACUGUCAUUUCCUAUGGCUUAAGUAAUUAUUGCUAGAAGCAAUAUUUAGCUGUUAAAAUGAGCUUAAAAGAUACUUUGUUUCCUUGUACUUCACACUUGUGUGGAGAUCAGCUGUUUCUAAUUAAUAGCCUUGCGAGCUAAGCUUCUAUUGUGACACGUGUCCAGUUGCAUGUUGAUUGUGAGGCUUCCCUGAAGUAACGGUGAGCACACCCUCCUCGGAGCACCGCUUGGAUGCCUAAAAUGGUGGUUUUUUACCUUACUAUUAACCUUGCAUGAUGUCGCUUGCUUUCUAUGGCAUUUGAAUGCAUCAAUCUGGACGAAUUGUUAGCUUCACAAACUCUGUCUUGGACUCUGAAUUACUAGGGUCAUCACAUUGAGACUACUAUAUUUUGUGUUACUUCUUAAGGCUUUUUGAUCAAUGAAAUUUCUAAAGAUGAAUUUUGCCUUUGAAACGAUGGAGGGGGAGGGAAAGAGAGAGAGAAACAGUUAAAACCAAGAUUUUGUUGUUGCUCUUCGAAGCUCACUAGUAUUGAUCUGUUGUCUCGACAGACAUGAUUAUUUGAUAUUUAUUGAAAACUGUCAUGGUACUCUGUCAUUAUUGGAGUUUAAAAGAAAACAAAAAAUUGGAAAAAAAAAAAAAGCAAGGGCCAGGCUAGAUUAAAAAAAAAAAAAUGAAUGUAUAUGGUUUGUGUCACAAGGUGUUAUGUCUAUUUAUAACAAAUGUUUUGUAAAUAAGCAUAUUUAUUGAUUCACUCGUAAGAAAAGAGGGAUUGCAAAGCCACCUGAAGUACUGUAAAACUGCUUUGCAAGGCAGAACGUGAUAAUCAUAAGGAUGCCCUUUAUCUGUGAAACAGAUGUGAGAUCUCCUUAAUGAAAUAACAAGUGAAACUAGCAUUGGUUAUGUUAUUGUCAGUCUUUUUUUAGGAAUUAAAAGGAAAAUAAUCUUAAAAUUUUAUCAGUACUUUUGUAACUUUCAAAUUAUAUUUCCUAAAGUUCCAGUUUUCAUCACUGUACACAACUUUUUAUUAAUUAUUGUAAAUGCCACCCUGAAUUUUGUUUCCUUUUAUAUUGGAAUUAUUUCAAAUCCAUUAAAAGUUUAGUGUGA